ACAAAACCUGCAUUUAAUGCCAUUCAUUGCCCUUUUCCUACUACUUAUAUGCCCACUAAAUUCAUUGCCAAUAUCCCAACACAACCCUAGCUAGCUACCAAGUUGCAAUAUUUUCAAGAAAAUAAUACCCUAUAACCUAUUAUAUUCAUAAGCUUGCCCAAAAAAAACAAAAAAAUGUUCAUCAAUAUGUCUAAGUUUCUUGUUUAUCUUUUGGUUUGUAUUUCUCUUCAUGCAUGUAGUGCUAGACCACUAGCAAGUGUUGAUGAUAAAGAAAACAAAAUACUACUCUCUAGCAAGGAAGUAACAAUUAUGACUAGUGACACAUCAAAAACAGAAGGAAGAAUAAUUAUGUCUGAAGAUAUUGGAAAAGAUGAUGGAAAACUUAUGUGGAAAAAGACAUCAAUUGUUGCACGAAAUCAAUUAGACGAUGAAGAAAAUAAAGGAAACAAGGUUGAGAUAUCGUUUCAUGAGGGAGCUCAAGUAAAGAUAUCGAGGAGAGAAUCGCGGUUGAUGCUAGAAUCUCCACUGUCAACACAACAUGAGGAAGAAGCAGUAAACUCCAUUGAAAAGGAACUUGUGGAAGACGUAGUAGUUAUGGAUUAUGCACAACCCCAUAGAAAACCACCUAUUCACAACACGAAACACUAAAAUAUAUUGUAGAUGAAAAUCAUCAUAUACUUAUAUGUAUUUUAUUUUCUCGUUUAUACGUAUGUGAGACCUGUCAGUUUUCGUUUUUUUUUUCUUCUUAAAAUUAUUAUUAUUAUUGUUUUGGCAAAUGAAGGAGAAUCCUAGAUGAGAUCAUACUCCAUGUAUGUACAAAUAGAAAUGACUAAAAAUUGCAAAACUCCUAGCAAAAAAUAUCAAUGUUAUAUAUUAUGUUACAUUAAUGCAUAUGGUUGAGGUUUAUUGAGGGCAUGAUGUGGAUGUAUAUGGUCCCUCAUAUUAUUGUCUUGUUUUUAUCAAGUGUACCUUAUAUUAAAAAAGAAAGAA